AUGGCAMCCGCAGCCAUCAUCGCCCCGUCCAUCCUCAGUGCCGACUUUGGUGCACUCGGAAAGGCAUGCUCCGACACAAUCUCGCAAGGCGCAGAUUGGCUUCAUGUGGACAUCAUGGACGGCCACUUCGUCCCGAACAUGACAUUUGGUGCUCCAGUAGUGACAAUGGUACGACCACAUGUCGAGCGACCCAAGGAAGCAUUCGGAAAAGGAACAUUUGACUGCCACAUGAUGAUCGCUGAGCCGAAAAAAUGGGUGAAGGAUUUCAGGAAGGCUGGAUGUGAUCUAUAUUGCUUUCACUACGAAGCUGCGAUCUCGUCGACGGCGGCCGAGAGCCCAGAGGCGCAGUCCGAGGAGAAGACGAGCCCGAAAGAGCUGGUCAAGUAUAUCCAUGACCAAGGAUUGAGGGCAGGUAUUGCUAUCAAGCCUGGAACGCCAGUGGAUGUGCUGUAUGACAUUCUGGACAACCCCGACAAGGCUUACGUGCCUGAUAUGGCCCUUGUCAUGACGGUCGAGCCAGGAUUCGGAGGUCAGAAGUUCAUGCCAGAGAUGAUGCCCAAGGUCGAGGCAUUGCGAAAGAGAUAUCCGGAGUUGAAUAUCGAGGUUGAUGGUGGUUUGAGUGAGAAGACAAUCGACACUGCAGCAGAUGCAGGAGCCAAUGUGAUUGUUGCAGGCAGUGCCGUGUUUGGUGCGAAAGACCCAGGACAGGUCAUCGAGGCCCUCAGACAGGCGGUGGAAAAGCGGAGGUGA